GCCCCCAACCGCCUCCCGCUCUCCACUCGCUACCCCUCACACCCGCUCUCGGCCGCCUCUCCCCUGAUCUCAGGGCUACUGGAAGCCCUGUCCGGCCACCUCCCUCGACGCUCUCCUCUUGCUCGCACCGGAUAGGGGAUUUUAAAUCCAUGAGGACUCUGAUUUGGAAGUGUCAGCAUUGGGAUAGUGUUUGGAUGAGCAAGCAUUUGGUUUUUUUGGUGAAGAACCCAUUGACCAAGGAUUCAGUUGCUCGGGUUGUGGAGAUCGUGAAUUCGGCCAGUGGUGGUUGCUGUAAGUCAGGCAUCCACAGCUUGAUCAGCUAUCUCUCAAGGGCUAGUUUGUUUGACUUGGCUGUCCUCGUCAUGGAAAAGACGGCUAAAAGGACCUCUUACUACAAUCUGUUGAUAGGCGCAAAGUGUCGAAAUGGCAGUUUUGAAGAUGCGAGGCAUCUUCUUGAUGAGAUGAAAGGAAUGGGGUGUGAUCCAAAUGUCAAAUCGUAUAAUUUUCUGCUGGGAAGUCUAUGCAAGAGUGGGAAGAUUGCUGAAGCUUGUGAACUCAUUGAGAUAAUGGAGCAUUCAGGAUAUCAACCAGAUGAGAUUACAUAUGAAAUAAUUGCUUAUCAUGCUUGUAGAAUCGGGAGGAUGGAUUUUGCGACUGAGUUCCUGGACAGAAUGCUGCUCGAAGGGCUAAGCCCUCGAUUCACUACUUAUGCUGCAUUUGUGAAAGGAUACUUCUACUCUGGUCAGGUUCAUGGUGCUCAUAGAUUUGUGGCUGAGAUGUGUUACAAGGAUAAAUCUUCGGCGAAUAUGAACUAUAGUCUGCUUGCUAGUCUGUUUCAGAAAUCAGGAAAAUUUGUGGAUGGAUACUCGAUUCUGGUGGAGAUGAUGGAGAAAGGACUGAAGCCAAAUUUCCCUGUAUUUGUGAAGUUGGUGAAGAAUCUGCAUCAUUCUGGAAGAAGGGAUAUGGCCAAGGAUUUAAAAGUGAGAUUUUCUAAAUUUGCUGGGGUUGUGUGUAAAACGAGUGGUGGGUGAAGUUACUCUUCAGCAGGUGAAAAGUUCAGUGAACGUUAGCAAAUUUUUGAUCUGCUUAUGCUGCUUCAAGAAUGACAAGGAUGCCAAUGCUGAUAGUCUUUUAGGCGAGGAAAAAAGGCGAAAAUCCUUGUCGGCAGUUUGACUACUAUGCCCAGCAUGCUACAGAGUACAAGAAAAGGGCACAUCUGCAAAUGCUUUGAGUCAUUGACAGAGCAUCUGACAGGUCCAAUACCAAUGACCAUGUGUGCAGAAAUAUUUGCUCCUCGAGGAUGCACUGGCACAUAUUAUUUGCGCAUCAUUGAUACACGUGGUGCAACCAAUGGACAUUGGAAAUACACAAUCACCCACCUAAAAUUAUGCAAGCCAGUUGAUUCUGGUCCUAUUUUCAUUGGCCACCUUAACCAUAAGGGGCAUGUGAGAAAACAGAAAAACAGAUUGUGAGAUGUUUGGAGGGGGGAGUGAUGGAACAUUGGAUCUUUAUGCAAGGAAUUUGUCUUGUUGAUGAAGACAAAGAAGUGCUUUUUCUGGCCUAUGUCCAACAUGAGAUUGCUGUCUCAGAUUAUAGAAGUGAAAUUACUGGAAUUACAGAAGCUGAUUUUGCCAAUGCACUGCCACUGAGUCAAGUAAGAAAUAUUAUUCGAAAUAUCUUAUAUAAUGGAGAAUCAAUAGGCAGGGUCCACCUAAAUGAUGGCAGUGCGAGUGCUCUUGUUGGGCGUGUUAGAUGACCUUACUUGUCCUGAGAUGCACUAUCCUGUCCAUUUGAUCAUUGUUGGUUUCUAAUUUUGCUUUUAAUGUUCUCCACAAUUGUAAUUUUCAGAUUUAUAUAAUGGCCUUAGGGCUCGUCAGAACGUUUUUAUUAUCCCAUCUUGAAGAUUGAUUUUCA